AUGAUUAACAACGAACUACUAUAUUAUGAGACCAGAAUAUUAGUACCUAAAAGUCUUAGAAAAUAUGUAAUUCAUAAACUGCAUGAAACACAUCUAGGAACAUCAAAAACAAAAGCAAGAGCUAAACAAUUAUUUUACUUCCCUGAAAUAUACAGUCAAAUUGAAAAUUAUAUACUAUCUUGUCCCGUUUGUUUAAAAUUCAGCAAAUCUAAAAUAAAAGAACCAAUGUUAGCACGUGAUAUUCCAGAUUUACCAUUCUAUAAAAUAGCAAUGGAUAUAGCUGAGUUAAGAGGUGUCAAUUAUUUGAUAGUCAUAUACUACUAUUCUAGAUCUAUUGAAAUAGUAGAAUUAAAAGAUAAGACUAGAGAUAGUAUUAUUGAUUUAUUAAUGGAUUUUUUUAAAAAAAUUCGGAAUUCCUAA